AUGUCAGAUGAUGAAAUUGAUAUGCUUCCAGACCUUAAUUCAGUUAUGGCGACAACGCCUCAUAGACCGAACAAACUUCUCCGGCAAGCUGUAACUCAUGGCAGACCUCCUCCGGUACCGUCCUCAAACGGUAUUGUUUCCGGAAAAAGAAGAGAAAUGUCAGAACUUCCGUGGUCGGACUUCUUCGAUGACAAAAGGGAAGUCAAUAUUGAUGGCGACGUAUUCAACGUUUAUUUGAAAGGUGACGAAGGACCGAUUUUCUACUUACUUCAUGGCGGAGGAUAUUCAGGCCUCACGUGGGCUUGCUUUGCAAAAGAACUUUGCACACUCGUUACAUGCAGAGUCAUCGCUCCAGAUUUGAGAGGUCACGGUGAUACCCGAUGUGCUGAUGAACACGAUCUUUCAAAGGAAACCCAAAUCAAAGAUAUCAGUGCAAUUUUCAACAAAGUAUAUGGGGAUACUGAUGAAUCGGUAUGUAUCGUUGGUCACAGUAUGGGCGGAGCACUGGCAGUUCAUACUCUCAAUGCCAAAGCGAUUUCCGCGAAAGUGGCUGCUCUAAUUGUGAUUGAUGUUGUUGAAGGAUCAGCAAUGGAAGCUCUAGGAGGGAUGGUACACUUCUUGCAUUCCCGGCCAUCUUCGUUUGAUUCCGUCGAAAAAGCGAUUCGUUGGUGCCUUUCUUCCGGAACUGCAAAAAAUCCAAUGGCUGCUCGAGUUUCAAUGCCUUCACAGAUUCGGGAAGUGUCUGAAAGCGAGUAUACAUGGCGGAUUGAUCUCACGACAACCGAACAAUACUGGAAAGGAUGGUUCGAAGGAUUGUCCCGGGAAUUCUUAGGAUGUGCGGUUCCAAAGUUGUUGGUGUUGGCGGGAGUGGAUAGACUCGACAAAGAUCUGACGAUUGGUCAAAUGCAAGGAAAGUUCCAAACCUGUGUUCUUCCAAAAGUUGGACAUUGUGUACAGGAAGAUAGCCCCGAGAAGUUGGCCGAUGAAAUUGGGCGUUUUGCUUGCCGUCAUAGGAUUGCCCAGCCGAAUCUUAAGUUUUCUCCCCUCGCUUCUCCACCUGACCCAGCAAUUCUUCAAUAUGAAAGACGUCAUCAUCACUAA